AUGAAGUUCCUUAUCCUAAUCUCCUUGAUGGUCAUUGCCAGCACGUCUGCCGAUACAGUACACGUAGAUGAGUUGGAGGACUAUGUAACAUCAAGAGACGAUAAGAAUGAGCUGAAAAGACUUGACGACGAUGACUAUAUGAUACGAUCAGACAAGCAACGGCGGUUGGAAGAAAUCCUCGCAAGACAGCCACCAAACGUUCAGCAGCAAUACCGACAAGCAGUACAACUCGACCAAGCCCGUGAAGAACAAAAAAGGCAAGUCUGGUUUCAACGAAUGCAACAGCAAGGCUUGAGCGAUUACGCUUCCCAACUCCUAGCGAUCGACGAUGACAUGAGCAUUUCUGAAGCGGAUGCUAAACAGAGAAAGCAACAGCUGAAACGUCAACUCUUCAUUGCAAAUCCAAUGGCUGCUUUCAAUGGAUUGGACUACGAUGAUGAUCUCGGUGAUUAA